GUUGCGGCCAGCCGAUUCAGAGCAGCGGGAGCGUGUCUGGAGCCUGCUGCGGGGCCUGCUGGAGACCUAUAGCCGCCUGCGGGAAGAGGACCAGAGCUUUGCGGUGGAGGGGGAUGAGGUGGCCCAUGCCUUCCUCCUGGUGCACACCAAGCUGCUGGCCUUCUACUCCAGCCGCAAUGCCAGCUCCAUCCGCCCCGCCGACCUGCUCAGCCUCAUCCUCCUGGUGCAGGACCUGUACCCCAGCCAGAGUGCCGAGGAGGAGCUUGGUCCCCAGCCUGUGGCAGGGAAGGUGCUCCCCCAGGGACCCAAGAGAAGCGAGAGCAUCCCCAUGAGUGGGCCUGGCUCCCAUGGAGCUGUGGAAAAGGACUCAGAUGACCAGGACACAGACGAUCUCUCCGUGCCCGAGGUCUACUACACGCCUGAGCCCUCACCGGGCAGGCACAGCACGGGCAGUGAGAGCUGGUCGGAGGGCGCGGAGAUGCUGGGCACCGGGGAGGCAGACACUGCAGAUGUCCAGAUGGCAGAGGACUUGCUCCAGACCUUGGGGCCUUUGGUCCCUGAAGCUUCAAACCCCAGAAGGAUCUUUCUGGACGCCAGCCUGCGGGAAGGUUACUGCCCCUUGCUGCCGCACACCAUGCACUGCCUCCCGCUCUGGCCAGGCAUCUCCCUCGUCCUCCUGACCAAGGGCCCCAUGACCCAGGUGGCCAUCACCUUGUACCAGCUGCUGGAUGGUUUCUUGGUGCUGGAGAGGAAGCUGGAAGAGGGGCCAGAGGCAGGAGCCCCACGCUCCUACCCGUUCCUGGCCGAGCUGCGGCAGCGCAUGGACAAGUUUGUGAAGAAGCUGAGCGGGCAGGACAUCCAGUUGCAGAACACCUGGGGGGACUUCAAGAACAAGAUAUUUUCCCGGAGCGAGCCUGGGAGCUCCCUGGAGCUGCUGCAGGCAGCGGCCAACGUGAAGCGGCAGGGCUUCUUCCUCGCUCGCCAGCCCAUCCUGGCCUCCACCGGCCACGGCCUGUCCCAGGGGCUGCGGGACCGUGCCCAGAAGCUGAUGAAGGAGAAGCUGCUGGACUGGCGGGACUUCCUGCUGGUGAAGAGCAGGCGCAAUAUCACCAUGGUGUCGUACCUGGAGGACUUCCCUGGCUUGGUGCACUUCAUCUAUGUGGACCGCACGGCUGGGCAGAUGAUGGCACCAUCACUCAGCGUGACAGAGAAGUCCAGCUCGGAGCUGGGCAAGGGCCCUCUGGCCAUCUUCAUUAAGAGGAAGGUCUGGUCCCUGAUCACGUUGGCCCGGCGAUACCUGCAGAAGGGCUACACAACACUCAUGCUGCAGGAUGGUGACUACUGCUGCUCCUACUUCCUCUGGUUUGAGAACGAGCUGGGCUACAAGCUGGAGGUGAUGGAGGUGCCAGUUCCCUCCGAUGAUUCUGCUCCCAUCGGGAUGCUGGCAGGAGACUACUACAGGAAGCUGCUGCGUUACUACAGCAAGAACCACCAGGCAGAGGUGGUGAAGUGCUACGAGCUGCUGACCGUGCACCUCGGCAUCAUCCCCUCCGAGCUCGUGGUCCAGCAGGCCUGUGACUUGGCCCGGCGCCUCUGGGAGCCCUCCCGCAUCCCCCUUCUCUGAGCUGCCUCCAGCCACCUCAGGGCCGGGAUUAAAGCGGUUGUGUGGGUG